AUGCGUCGUGCUUUCCUACCAUAUAAUUACGAGCGUACCUUGUACAACAAGCUUCAGAACCUAAGACAGGGGACACAUACUGUUGAAGAAUAUGCGACAGAGUUUUUCUACAUGACUGCUAGAAUGACUUCAGGCGAAACCAAGAAGCAACUAAUCUCUCGAUUCAUUGGAGGAUUACGGUCUCAACUCCAAACCGCGAUGGCUCAGUUUAAUCCACUGUCAGUAUCUGAAGCCUACCAACACGCCAUCUCUAUGGAACUGCAGUUACGAUCGUCAUGGACAUCGUCGUCACGAUCACGUUUCCAAACGUCCAAUACAGGCGAGAAUGCUACACUUGCUACAGACGGAGCAACACAACGCUUGGAGUCUGCCAAAUUAGGCCUCAACACCGAGACUAUUGCUUCUUCAAGACCAGCACGUACCAAUGUGCCGCGUUGUUUUACUUGUGGAGAACACGGCCACAUUCAGACCGCUUGUCCUAAAAACACAAAGUGUGGCUUGAUGAUUCAAGAAACAGAGGACGCAGAACCACAAUAUGAUGACUAUGACGCUACGGACGACGACAACACUGAUAUCAUUCAAGGCGAUACAUGUCUUAAUCUCGUCCUCCGCCGGAAUUUUCUACUACCCAAAGCCUCGCAGGAGUCAUGGCUUCGCACCAAUUUGUUUCGUUUGACUUGCACUAUCAACGGCCGGGUCUGCAAACUCAUUAUCGACUCAGGAAGUUGUACUAAUGUCAUGUCGUUUGAAGCAGCGCAGAAACUUGGACUCACCGUCACGCCACAUCCGUCUCCUUAUCCGCUUGCCUGGCUCAACAACGGCACCGAAAUCAACGUCUCAAAAAAAGUUCUCGUCUCCUUUUCCAUUGGUAACUAUAAGGAUUCAAUGACUUGCGACGUUAUACCUAUGGAUGCUUGCUACUUGCUUCUAGGACGACCUUGGCAGUUUGAUCGUGAUGUUAUACAUCAUGGUAAAGCAAACACUUACAGCUUUGUGUUUGACAAUCGCACAAUUACACUAGUUCCCUCAAAAGAACAGCCUGAGCCAAGUCCGCAUGUGGACAAUACUUUCCCAACGGACAAGUCAUCGAUGGCGAAAACGUUACUGACACUACCCAAAGGAGAUUUUGAGAAGCAAAUUCAUGACGUUGAUGUUCUUUGGGCAUUGGUGGCCACACCAGUACCAAUGACACCGUCUAGCAAACCUCCAUCAGCUUUCACUCCGUUGCUCGAAGAAUUCACCGACGUCUUUUCAUCUGCACUCCCGAGUGCCUUGCCUCCAUUAAGAGACAUCCAACACCAUAUUGACUUGGUUCCUAAUGCAGUCCUUCCUAACCGACCGCAUUACCGUAUGAGUCCGCAGGAACACGAUGAGCUGCGUCGUCAAGUAGAAGAGCUUCUCCAGAAAGGACAUGUUCGCGAAAGCCUUAGUCCAGCUGCCGUUCCCGCCUUACUCAUUCCCAAAAAAUAUGGUUCGUGGAGAAUGUUUCCUAUCCCGCGCCUUGAUGAUCUCCUUGAUCAAAUUGGACGUGCCACAUUGUUUACUAAGCUCGACCUUAAAAGCGGUUAUCAUCAGAUACGUAUACGUCCAGGAGAUGAAUGGAAAACAGCUUUCAAGACUAGAGAAGGUCUUUUCGAAUGGACGGUCAUGCCUUUUGGACUCUCGAAUGCACCUAGUACGUUCAUGAGAGUCAUGAAUCAGGCUCUUAUUGAUCGCAACGACUUGACCAGCCACUUGUCUCACCUACGAGACGUCUUGGAGGUUCUACGACGUGAGAAGCUAUACGCGGCACACCACAAAUGUGUCUUUGGUGUGUAUCAUGUAUUGUUUUUAGGGUAUAUCGUGUCAGACAAGGGUCUACAAGUUGAUCCAGGAAAGGUUGAAGCGAUCAAGUCUUGGCCCACUCCUCGUUCGAUCAGCGACGUCCGGAGCUUCCACGACCUCGCUUCUUUUUAUCGACGAUUCGUGCAUCACUUCAGCAAUAUUGCAGCACCCUUAACCGACUGUAUGAAAGGCACCACAUGGACUCCUGAAGCAGAUCAAGCAUUCGAAAACCUUAAGCAACGUUUGGUGUCGGCUCAAAUCUUGGCUUUACCAGACUUCACUUAG